AGAAGGUCACUCUCUAGUSGACGUUCAAAUUGUCCUAAGCCUCCWACGAAGGACAUUGUUAUCGAGUACUUKGAAGUUUGCCGUACGCGUCCUUUCAACACUACAUGAUGAAGACGUUCACUAUAGCAGCUAUAGCUUUGAUACUUAGUGGGCUGUUUAUGGGGUCAMUGGCUAGUUACAAGCCUUGUUUCAGUAAACGAAAUAYAAGGUCAAUCCCCUCUGGUCACCUUAUGGCCACGAAAACCAAGCCAUUAGUUCUUGGACAUCGAGGUAAUCCGCUCAAAUACCAAGAGAACACAUUAGAUGGCUUCAAAAGUCUUCUUCAGACCAAUGCAGACGGAUUUGAGCUGGAUAUUUAUCUCACCAAAGACAACAAACUUGUUGUUUUCCAUGAUGAUAAUACUAAGAACUUGACCGGAAUUGACAAAGUGAUGUGGGAUAGUACCGCAGAGGAGCUAACCAAGAUUAACGUCAAUAAAACACUCAAMUUUGACAAUAAAGAGUUCAAUUAUGACAAGCCACGCCCUAUCCCUAUGCUUGAAGACGUGCUGAAAGCCAUGAAGGAUAGCGGAAAGCUGAUGUACCUCGAGGUAAGACCACACCCACUCUAG